UGUAAGGUGCUUUACGGGACGAGUCGGAUCAAGGCUCCGUGCCACACGGACGUUAGUUAACAUACGUUAGUUUAAACCUAACCAAUUUUGAAUGUGUUAAUUGUUGAAAUUACCGAAGUUUGAACCGAGUCCGGAUCCCUAACUCCAAAAUUAAAACAAUGAUUGACGAUUACAGCUACAAGUCUCCGAAUAGCUACCAGUUGAACUCCAAAAAUGGCACGAACAUCCAAGAGGUGGAAUCUUCCAAGAAGAAGAAAAGACCACGACCAUUUCGCGAUAAUUUAAAGGAUUUUUUCUCAAAUACCACUUUACAUGGAUUCCGAUAUGUGCUGGACGAAAGGUUUACGUUAGUCGAAAGAAUAUGGUGGGUAGUUAUGGUGAUCAUAAGUAUAGUGGUGUGCGCCUUCUUCAUCCGUAAGGUGUGGGUCAAAUGGGACGAAACACCCGUGAUCGUGAGUUUUGCCGAGACAUCGAAUUCAGUGUGGCAUAUACCAUUUCCAGCAGUUACUCUCUGUAGCGAGACCAAACCUAGACAAAGAAUAUUUAAUUUUACAAAAGCGUCGAAAGAACGAUGGAGUAAUCCAUCCAUGAUCAGUGAUGAAGAUUUAAAAUUAUACCACGACAUGCUACUUUUAUGCAACAACGAUCGAAGCGAUGGACCGGAUUACGCUGAUAUUAAAAGUUCUAUUAAAACUUUACAAAAGUUGGCCCCACCUCGCGAGGAGUUGUUCAUGGACUGCCUGUGGCAGAACCUCACGUGUCCCGAGAUGUUCUUCCCCACGCUGACCAAGGACGGGUACUGUUACACCUUCAACAUGCUGUCUGCGGACGAAAUGUUCCGGAUGGAAAAUCUCCAUAAGGACUACUACCACGUAGGUGGGAUGAACAGGAGCAAAUGGACGCUGGAGCGAGGUUAUCCUAACGACGAGACCGUCCAAACAUAUCCGCUGAGAGGCCCUAGCUACGGCGGUGUAGAGUUCGAAGUUAUUUUGCUAACUGACAUUAGGGACUUGGAUCAAGUUUGCCGCGGUCCUGUACAAGGUUUCAAAAUAUGGCUUCAUAGUCCUGCCGAACUGCCCAACAUGGGCCAGAACUUCUUCCGACUGCCAAUACAGUACCAGUCGGCCGCCGCCAUCAUGCCACGGGUCAUGGACACAUCUGACGGACUGAAGCACUAUCCACCGCACAAACGCCAAUGCUACUUCCCCGAUGAGCGCUACCUGCACUUCUUCCGAACUUAUACGCAACGGAACUGCGAGCUUGAGUGCUCGUCGAACCACACGGCGCUGCGAUGCGGCUGCGUGCCUCUGUACAUGCCACAUGGCCCGAACACAAAAGUUUGUGGCGGUGGAAAACGACAAUGCAUUCUCGAUGCCUUAGAGGAGUUGUCCCUUUCCAAGUCAUCAUUGCGACCGGAGUCGAAGAAUCAAGUGCAAGAAUGUGACUGCUUGCAAGCGUGCACGGAACUCAAGUAUGAUGCUGAAGUGUCACAGGCCGUGUAUGACCUAACCACCUAUAGGCUCAACCCUGACCCGGAUAUCGCUCAGGGAUGGCGACUUCCCUCAGGCCUGGUGGUAUACUUCAGUGAUGAAAUCUACACCUCUCUACGGCGCUCUGAGUUGUAUGGUGGAGUGGACUUCCUCGCCAACUGCGGAGGCAUCAUGGGACUUUUCAUGGGAUUCUCUUUCUUGAGCUUGGUGGAGAUCAUCUAUUACUUCUCCAUGAGACUAUUCUGCCAUAUAAGAAGAUCAUCUACAGUUGAAGCAGAAACGUGAACAUUAAACGUAAAUAUUUGUAAUUUCAUAAAUAAAAUACUCAAAUGUAUGCUGUGACGCUUUCUUGCCUUAGUAAAUCUAAGUUGUUUUACCAUGGUUUUACUGAAAUAAAGUUGUUUACAUUGU